AAUAUUUUUACAACCGUUGGCAUUGGCAAAACGUUAAGGCCAGAUAUUCUUCGGUUGCUGCCCAGUUCGCACGAAGUGAAAUCGUUUUAUAAGCGGCAGCAGCAGCAGCAGCAGCAACAACUACAACCACAACCACUUUGAAUAGCAACAAAUUGCCGAGCGAAACAAGUUUGGCACUGCGCAUAUUGGAUAUUGGAAAUCGUUAAAAACCGGGGGCUUUUUAUUGGCAAGUGAUGAUGAUGGUGAAAUACUACGCAAUUGUCGUCACCGUUGCAGCGGUUCUAUUUGCCUUUGGCAAUAAUAAUGUUGUGGAUGCGCGCCGUAACCAAGGUAGCAGCCAGCGUAAAAGCCCAUCCUCGUCAUCUUCGUCUGGGUCGGGUCAUGUGACUCAGCCAAGUUACAGUACGAAUGGCGGCAGCAAUUCUCAUGCCGAUGCGGCCAAGUUAAGUUAUCCCAAUUAUAAUUCCCAGCCGAAUCGUCCGAUCGGUUGGAAUCCUCCUGCACAAAGUGCUGGCACCCAUAAUCAGGGACCACCACCAGCUUAUUCGGCUGCGAAUCCGGCUGGCGGUGCUCGGACCAAUCUAAAUGAGCACCCACCAUCGUAUAAUCCGCCCAGCUACGGAGCAGCAACUGGUGCAAAUGUCCAUCAGCCGAUAACGGCCACCCAGAAUCAUGGUACCCAAUAUAGCGGGUUGCCAGCUGGUGCCACAUACUAUCCAGCGGCUCCAGGAGGAUAUCAUGGCGCUCCAGCUGGUCUUCCUGCCGGGGCCACAUACUAUCCUUCGGGUGGUUAUCAUCCUGGAGCUGCAGCUGCUCCACCUCCGGGAGCCACAUAUUAUCAGUCACCAGCAGCUCUGCCACCAGGAGCCACCUAUUAUGCCCAGCCACCACAACAAUCAUCUGGUCCGGGAUUCGGUACUGGAUUAUUGGGUGGUGUUGUGGGUGGAGCCGUACUGGGACAUUUGCUUACACCUUCGGGCGGUAGCUCAUCGCAGGCAGCAGCUGCUCCCCCAGCAGCCAGUGGACAAGAUCGUAUAAUUAUCAUUAAUAAUGGAGUGCCCGUUAAUGCUAGUGCCGAUGGCACUACAGUUAUUAAUGCCCAAGGAGUAGCAGCCCCAGCAGCAGCAGGUGUAGCAACAGCCGCUCUGCCAAUGAAUGCCACACAGGAUGUUGCAGCACCACCAGCACAAUUGGCGCCAUUCAAUCCGGAAAAUGCGACAAUGCCCAUGACUAAUGGCACUGAUGCAGUUGCUCAACCACCAGCCGGUGGCAUUAUAUGUGUGCCCACCAAAAUGAAUGAGACGGAUCCCAAUGAUAGCACCAAGAUGAUUGAAGUUGAGAAAAUUGCCUGCUAUCCGGCACCACCACCGCCAGCGGCACCCGCCGGCGAGGGUCCCGCCCCAUUGGCUCCGAUGGUACCACAGGUGCAGCCCGGAUUACAGCAAGUGCAACAGCCUCCAGAUCAGGCAGCUGUAAAGGCCAAUAUUAAUAGUGGUGUCUCUCCCGUAAAUGUCUCAACAGCAACCGGACUCAUCAUGAUGGGCAUUGCCCUUCUAUGUGGCAGUCAUAUACUCAAGCUUUAAUUGCAGAGAUCGAUCUAAUCGAUCGAACUCGUUUUACACAUUCUGUUUGUAUUUCACAUUUUCCAGUGUUAGUCACCCAGUGUCUGUUUGUCUGUCUCCCCCCCCGUUUCGGACCGCCCACUCUCUCCCUCAAUUUGCGCUUGGCUUUUGUAGUCGCUUUCUCUAGUAUUGCUUCCUCCCACACACACAUACACACACACAGAGAUUCAACUAAAUACUUAUUUAUAGUGGUUUCUCCCCUUUUUUUCAUCCACUUUCUUUAUCUACUCUUUACCCCUCGCUGUUUGCUGCUUUUUGAUAUAUUAGAUAUGAAAUAAUGAAAUUUUUUAGCCUUCAAUUGUGAUGAAAACUGUGAAUCUCGUUAAACGAUAUACUAUAUAUACAUAUAUUCGUACUCGUACUCGUAUAUGGCAAUUUGAACCCAACUAAAAACAAUAACUAAAAAAAGACAUACCCACAACAUUCCCCUUCUUCUCCUCCUCCUCCUUUCUUCUAUCAUGAUGCAUAUUUUAUGGUAUUCUCAACGAAUAUUUUUCUAUGUCAGUGUUAAUAAUUGUGAUGUAACCAAUCAAAUAGAUAGCUGUAAUUGUU